CGGUAUAACCGCUACAGUGUUCUUCCCUCAACCCAGAUCUCUCUACUGAAUGGAGUCAUCGCUUGAAUUAGAGUAUCCAGUAGUCGUCAGCAUUGACUUUGGAACCACGUAUUCCGGAGUUGCGUAUGCGCUCACUGCCAAUGACAAUAGAGAUGUAUACGAUGUUACUCUGUGGCCAAAGCAAAUCCAACAUUCAUACAGCAAGACACCAACAGAAAUUAUGUAUGACAGAAACACUCAUAAAGUGACUUAUUGGGGUAAUGCGGCUCGAACGAGCGUUCGAAAAACCAAUGACAAGCAUCACCAUUUCCGGCAGUUUAAGCUGUAUUACGAUGAAGUUAUGUCGGAACACCUCAAACCCCUACCGGAAGGAUUUGAUCAUAUGAAGCUGUCAGCGGACUUUCUUCGAAAACUUCAUGACCAUGCGGCUUACGAAAUUAGCAAGGCUUUCGGUUCAUUUCCGCCAGAACGAUACCGCUAUUGUUUGACGGUUCCAGCUAUUUGGUCGGAUAAAGCGAAAAGCGAAAUGCGUGAAGUCGCUAAACUCGCCGGUCUUAUCAAUGAAGACGACCAUCCGGAUCGUCUAAUGUUGAUCUCGGAACCUGAAGCGGCGGCUCUUUAUUGUGAAAAUCAUUGCCAAACGUUCAACAUGAAUGACGGGGACGAGUUUAUCAUCUGCGACGCAGGAGGUGGUACCGUAGAUCUUAUUGCUUUUAGAGCGCGCAUCGACGAAAAAGGCAAUCGUCGUUUUGAAGAAAGUACCAAGGGUCUUGGAGGUGUAUGCGGAUCGGUAUUCAUCGAUAGAAGAAUGCGAUUGUAUCUCAAGGAAAAAUUAAAACACCUUAUGACGCCAAAGUCAAAGAAGGAAUUUGAACAUGUUAUGGAAGAAUUUGUUCAGAAUCAGAAGCAUGCUAUGGACGGUAUCGAUGGUGUGACUAUAAAGACGCAUGUUCUCAGGCUUACCAGUGAAAGCGAUCCAUCCAUUGGACUGGAAGAUAAUCAUUUAUACAUCAGCCCUGAAGAAUACAAAAAGAUCAUUGACCCUGUGGUUGACCAAGUCAUAGAGUUGAUUUACCAACAAAAGGAGCAAACCACUAACUUGAAAGCCAUUUUGAUGGUCGGCGGCUUCUCAAGGUCGAAUUACUUGUAUUCUCGAGUGUGUGAUGAAUUCGAAAGCAAAAACAUCAACGUUUACGUACCUCAACGUGCUGAAAUGGCCGUGACUCGUGGUGCGGUGUAUUAUGCAAUGACUCCAAGGAAAAUUACGACGCGUGUAUUGAGAAAAUGGUACGGCAUCGAUUACACCACUCCUUUUGACCCGCUAUUGGAUCCUCCAGAACUCAAGAUCAUUCGAGCGGAUGGUGAAGUACGCUGUGACAAUCGUUUCUGCACAUACGCUCGUCGUGGCGAGUCUUUGGAAUAUGAUCAAUGUGUUUCAAGAUGGUUUAAAACGUACUAUCCAGACAAAACUGCUUGUACCAUUUAUGCCGCCGAUACAGAAGACGAGCCUCGAUACAUUACGCAACCAGGAGUGAAGAAAAUAUUCGAACUUAUUGUACCUAUGCCAUUCAUUGAGGAUGCGAAACCGGGUGAUCGCGUCGAGUUUGAAAUUAGAAUUUAUUUUGGAGACGUUGAAUUGCGGGUAGAAGCCCAAAUUAGAGGAAAAGUGUACGAGACAAUCUGCAACUUCAACGUUUGAAAACAUAAACAUUAUUAUGAGGACAUUGUCUCGCAAUCAAAUAACCUAAAGUACAAAUUAUUGAAGUCUAGAAUCUAUAUAAUUAAAAUCUUUGGAAAGUUAGCAAUUUGUAAAUCACCUGAUCUACACUAAGUUAUAAGGAC